AUCACAGCGUCGCUUCUCUGGCAGCUGUCAAACCUACACGUAAGCGUUCUUUCGUUUCCGGCACCUCUUGCUGCUAAGGAACACAUUUCGAUUAAUUAAAAGUUUUUAAUCUUUUAAAUAAUUCCUGUUAGGAAUUUACAAUGGCCAAAACCAAGACGGAAAAGAAGGCGAAAUCCGCCAUCAAUGAAGUGGUAACCCGCGAGUGCACCAUCAACCUGAACCGUCGGCUGCACAAGGUUGGAUACAAGAAGCGAUCGCCACGAGCAAUCAAAAUCGUGCGUAAAUUCGCCGAAAAGGAGAUGGGCACUACUGAUGUCCGCAUCGAUACCCGCCUGAACAAGGCUAUCUGGCACCGUGGAAUCAGAAACCCACCAUUCCGCAUACGUGUGCGCCUGUCCCGCCGUCGCAACGAUGACGAGGAUUCGCCCAACAAACUGUACACGCUGGUUACGUACGUUCCGGUACCCACGUUCAAGGAGUUGCAGACGGAAAAUGUUGAAUCGACCGACGAUUAAACUGUAAAUUAUUUACACCUAGGAUUAUGGAUGAUUCAACGUGAGUUUGGAAGCAAGUAUGGAAAACAAAUAUAAACCCUAAAAGGUAAAAUCGAA